AUGGCGCUCUAUAACCACAUACAUGGUGGCGAAGAACCUUUAGUGUGGAGCUAUGCUGCUGACAGUCAUGGCCAUGAAAAGAGAAAGUCAAAGAUUACUGCAUCUCGGCGGCUAUUCCUGAAGACUAAACUGUUAAAGAAGGCAAGUGCUAUGCUGGUGACAGAGAAGGAGCAGAAGAAGACAGAGCGAGAGCGAAUACUAAAUGAAAGAGUGCCUCCUCUAGAGCUGUCUGAGUUGUCCUUGCAAGACCUGCAGAAUCUGUGUAAAGAACUACACCGUAAAAUCGAUGUUGUGGAUGAAGAACGCUAUGAUGUUGAGGCUAAAGUUGCUAAAAAUGACAGGGAGCUGGCAGACCUGAACCACAAAAUCUUUGAACUGAAAGGGAAAAUGAAGAGACCCAACCUGAAGAGAGUGAGGGUAUCAGCAGAUGCCAUGCUGGGGGCUCUGCUGGGGGCCAAGCACAAGGAGUCCAUUGACUUCAAGGCAAACCUUAAGACAGUCAAGAAGGAGGAAGAGAAGAAAGAGGAGGUGACUGACUGGCGUAAAAAUGUGGAUGCCAUGUCUGGCAUGGAAGGCAGGAAGAAGAUGUUUGCUGGGGCCUCUUAA